AUGAGCAUGCCAAAGCACCAAAGCACAACUGUGGCUGACCCGCAUCAAGGUGAAAAUCUCCCAGCGUUCCUGCACCGCAUCAACUUCAGCCUCGACGCCGGGGGCGCACCCCGCAAGCCUUUGUCGGCUUCGCUGAACAGUGCUGCGCCAGGCCACACAGCCUUCGGGUCUCUCAGCUUCCCGCCACUGCAGACGAAGACCAACUUCUCGACGCCCAAAGUUUUUCAUCCCUCCCAGUCGGUGUGCUCCACUGAGGAUCCUCAACCCGAUCUGCAAAAGACUUCUGCCAAAGAACGUCCUUCAACCUCUACCUCGGCAUCCAUCAACGGCUCUGAGACACAGGCCCUCCAUCACGAAGCUCCUCCAUCGAAAAGUUCCCGAAACAAAGAUCACCACGAGCUUCCCGUGUACGCCUUAGCACAAACUCUUCGAGCAAGCUCCAUUGGUGCCACAAUGGCUCCAGGAAUCCCAAAUGAGGCCAGUGGCCUUGGAUGGAGCAAGUACGCUCCUAGCGUUCAGAACGACGGAUUAUCCAAGGGCGGUCUCAACAAGCGCACUGCCGAAAGCAUCGCUCGCCAGGCUGAAAUUGAUGCCCGUUUAUCCAAGCUUCGUUCGCGUCGCGAUCCCAUGACCGAGCAGCGCGAUGAGGCUCGUCGCCUCGAGCUAAUUGCUUCCCAAAAGGCGGCCGAGGAUGAACAUGCCCGCAAGAAGGCUGAGCGUGUCAAGCUUGAGAAAGAAGAGCAGGAGCGGAUCAAGCGCCAGAAGGAAGAAGAGGAGCGCCUCCAGCGCGAAAAGGAAGAAGCCGAACGCCUCCGGCGUGAGAAAGAAGAAGCCGAGCGUCUCCAACGUGAGAAGGAGGAGGCUGAGCGCCGUCAACGGGAGAAAGAAGAGGCCGAGCGCCUUCAACGUGAGAAAGAAGAGGCUGAACGCCUCCAGCGUGAAAGAGAGGAGGCCGAGCGGAUCAAGCGCGAAAAGGAAGAGGCCGAAGAGGCUGCCCGUCGUGCCGCUCUCUACGAGCGCAUCGAUCAGGUCGAGGAAGACGGCUUGAGCAAGAUCCAAGCCAUGCAACUGGAACUCCAGAAGAGCAUUGAGGAGUCUACUAUGCGCCAACAGCAAAUAUCGAACGACAUGAAUGCCAAAAAGAGCGAGAUAGACGAGGUUCAAGAGACCUUGAAGCGUGUCCAGCUCGAAUUCCAGGAUUUGCAGGAUGCUGAAGUCUCAAUCACCGCCAAGCUCGAGGCAGAUACGAGGGAAUGCGAUGAGCUUCAGACAGCCAGUGAGCAGAUCAUUGAGCGCGCCUCCACUUUGCGGAAGGAAGUCGAGGAGAAGACGCUGAAGUCGCUCGAUGAGAUCGAGGCCUUUAAGCUGCCGGGCAAUAUCGAACAACAGACUGCUCCUGCUUUCAAAGACGACAAGCCAACGCCGCCCGAUGACCAGUCCAGCACGGAUUCCUCAAGUGAGCCCGACGGUUCGUCUCAGGAACAAGCUUCACCUCAACACAAUGGUGACAAGACCAAGCAUGACAAGACUGGCAAUGGCGGUGUUUCCCAGGGUGAUGUAGUGCAGUCGAAGCCCAACAUCGUGGAGAAUGGCAAGGUCAAGAACAUCAUGUCCACUGAGCCAGUUUCAACGCAUCGGAAGGCGAACAGCAACCAGAGCCUGGAGAACAAGUUCAAGUUCGAAGAAUGGCCUUCUCAAGAGGCGAGGCCUUUUGGUGGAGCUCAGAAGCGUUUGGUCAAGUUGUACAACCUCCCCAUUUCGUCCACUGUUGCGAGUAUCCAGGCCUUUGUCUGGGGUGGACGUAUCGAGAAGAUUGAGUACACGCCUGGCAAUACCUACGCGUGGAUUCUCUUCAUGCGCGGUCAGGACUGCGAGAAGUACUACAGUGAUACCGCGAACGGCAUCGAGCAUCCUGAUGGCAACCGCACCAUCUGGGUUGAGUUGGGUGAGGCGGUUUCGGUCAAUGAGACGCUUCGUGGCUUCUACGACGCCGGUCACACUCGUUGUGUUCGCGCUGUCGGUGCUGAUGAGGAUUGGGGCGAAACUGCUCUUGUCAAGCUUGCUUCGGCGAAGAAGCGCAAGCUGGAACGCAUUGUCAACGGCGCCAACCCCAAGGGUCUUCGCGUGAUCGAGUUCCGUUUCACCAACAUCGUCGAUGCUGGCCGUUUCAAGGUAGAGCUCCAGAACGACAUUGACUGGGAGCACUGCAACAUCUACUUCGGCACUGACCCCUGUGAGACCAACACCGGUGUCCACUUGGGCGUUCAGUGA